AUGAGUGUCCCUAUGCUGAAAAUCGGUGCGGUGCUCAGCACCAUGGCUAUGGUGACUAACUGGAUGUCUCAGACUUUGCCCUCGCUCGUUGGACUGAAUGGAACCAUCAUAUCUCCAGACGGCACACAUGAGAGGAUUGUCAGUGGUUUAUAUCCAGGCUCCGAGGACGGCUGGCAGGUGUACAGCACAGCUUCUGAUCCAGACGGCAGGUGUGUGUGUACAGUGGUUGCCCCUGCCCAAAACCUCUGCAAACGAGAUCCUCGCAGCCGGCAAUUACGCCUGCUGACUGAACAGGUUUGUAACGUGAGCCAGUCCAUGGAGGUGGUGUACCUGCGGACGUCCAGAGAUCUGCAGUAUGUCAGGGACUCGGAGCCGCUGCUGAGGGGAGUGGACGGACGCAUACACUCUUACGCUGCCAACCCGCGCGCUCUGACCGCUAAAGGCCUGCAGGAAUUAAAGGGACAGAUGACUCAGCUGCGCCCCCUUCUUUCAGUGGUGGAACAGUACAAGGCAGACCUGCAGACCUUGGCCACCUUGCGUUCGGAGCUCCUCAACCUGUCAAUCAUUCUGACAGCCAUUCAGGAGGAGAUAGGAGCAUAUGACUAUGAGGAGCUACAGCAGAGGGUUCUGCUGCUGCAGACCAGACUACACACGUGUAUGAACAAAUUAGGUUGUGGUCGUCUGACUGGGGUGAGCAGCCCAAUCACUGUGAGAGCCUCCGGCUCCCGCUUUGGCUCCUGGAUGACCGACGCCAUGAUUCCUAGUUCUGACAACAGGGUGUGGUCUAUGGAUGGCUACUAUAAAGGCAGACGUGUAUUGGAGUACAGGACCAUGGGAGAUUUCACCAAAGGGCAGAACUUUGUACAACAUGUUUUGCCCCAUCCAUGGGCUGGGACUGGUCACGUGGUCUACAAUGGUUCACUGUACUACAACAAGCACCAGACCAACAUCCUGGUACAAUACCAUUUCCGUUCUCGCAGUGUGUUGCUCCAGCGCAGCCUGAACGGAGCCGGCUACAACAACACCUUCCCAUACAGCUGGGGAGGGUUCUCGGACAUUGACCUGAUGGCUGAUGAGUUAGGCCUCUGGGCUGUCCAUACCUCCAUACCAAAUGCUGGCAAUAUACUGGUGAGUCGUCUGGAUUCUCGUUCGCUGGAGGUUCUCCAGAGCUGGGACACGGGGUUUCCCAAGCGCAGUGCAGGGGAGGCGUUCAUGAUCUGCGGCACCCUCUACGUCACCAAUUCUCACUUGGCUGGGGCCAAGGUCCACUUCGCCUACCACACCAAUUCGUCCACAUACGAGUACACCGACAUCCCCUUUCACAACCAGUACUCCCAUAUCAGCAUGAUGGAUUACAACCCAAGGGAGCGAGCUCUGUACACUUGGAACAAUGGACACCAGGUCCUCUAUAAUGUCACACUGUUUCACGUUAUCAGAAGCGAUGGAUAGAUUGGAAGGAUGAGCACAGAGUAAAGAGAGUGAUAGAGAGAUAGCGACAGUGGAUACAUCCUGGUAAUAAAUGGACAUAC